AUGGACGCCGCACAGCUCCAGCAAUUAUUUCAGUCUACGUAUUCUCCGGAUGUCAACGUACGCAAAAGCUCUGAGCUUCAGUUGCGUAGCUUAGAAACUCAAGAAGGUUUCCCAAUUGCAACGCUGCAAAUUAUCGCGGAAGGACAGGAUCUUGCUGUUAAGCAAGCCUGCGCUGUUUACCUUAAAAACCGUAUCUCUAGAAGCUGGGAUAUGGAGUUAGCUCGUCCACGUCCUAACCAAAUCGCUAUCUCACAAACAGACAAAAUGUCAAUCAAGCAAAAUAUCUUACAAGUUUUGGUAGCAUCUACUAGCUCUGCUAUUAGAGUACAAAUCGCGAAUAUCAUAGGUACAAUAGUGAGCUCGGAUGUACCAGAACAAUGGCCACAAUUCCUUGAGAACGUUCUUCAAUUACUCGUCUCACAGGAUCCACGCGAACAAUUCGCUGGUGAACUCGCUUUACAUGAAAUUCUCAAAGCUUGGAGAUUUAGAGUUACAAAGAGGGAAUACAUGACAGAAAUUGUUUCAAAAACAUUCCCAAUUCUCGUAGAAUCUGGUAAGAACAUAGUCGACCAAGAUUCACCAGACGCUGGUUCAAUGUUGCAUAUCAUUUUCAAAAUUUACAAAGCAUCAAUUCAACAUGACCUCAGCGAGCAUCAACAACAGUCCAUCGUUGCAUGGGGCUCAUUAUUCCUUUCAGUUAUAAACAAGGAUAUUCCUGCCGAACUCUUGGCUGACGAUGAAGAGGAACGCGAGCGAAGCCCUUGGUUUAAGGCAAAGAAACAUGCCUUCUACUGUCUUAACAGAUUAUUUGCAAGAUUCGGUAGCCCAUCUCAACUCUCUACACGUUCACAGCAAUACAAACCAUUCGCUAAUACCUUUGUCGAGAAUUUCGCACCAGAAAUUCUGAAAUCAUACCUCGCACUUAUCGAGAAACAUCGCACACAAGGUCUCUGGUUAUCCAGCAAGUCUAAAUUCUUCAUUUUUGACUUCAUGUCGGAAUGUAUCAAACCAAAAUCAACUUGGUCAUUGCUUAAGCCACAUGUUGGUCAAAUCGUUUCAGAAUUUGUCUUUCCACAAGUUGUUUUCAACCAAGCACAAGCGGAGCAGUUCGAGGAUGACCCUGUUGAGUUCAUCAGAAGCGCUGUUGACCCAUUAGAAAGCUUCAACAGCCCUUCAUCAGCCGCCACAUCCUUCUUGUUGGCACUCACCAGAAAUAGAACCAAGAGCACCUUUGAGGAUGUUUUGGCCUUUGUUAAUAGUGUUCUCACCUCAAGCAAAUCACCAGAAGAAAAAUAUGGUGCUUUCUCUAUCCUCAUUGCACUCUCUUCUAUCGUCAUGAGCUCUAAGAAGUUCGGUGGUAUGAUGGAGUCAGUUUUCGUUAACCACGUUCUCCCUGAAUUCACCUCUGAGCACGCUUUCAUGAGAUUGAUCGCUUGUGAAAUGGUUCAAAAAUACGAAACCUGGGAUAUCACCUGGUCAGACAAAUCUAACCUCGAAGCACACUUCACGGCAGUCGUUAACGCUAUGUCUGAUAGUCAAUUACCUGUUAGAGUUUUAGCUGCAUUGGCAUUGACUGAACAAAUUCAACAUCCAGAAGUCAAGGCUGCUAUGGCACCAAACAUCGCAAAGAUCGUUCAAGAUCUUUUGAAGUUAUCAGAUGAAAUUGACUUAGACACACUUAGCCAAACUAUGGAAAGAAUCGUUGAUGACUUCGGUGAUGAAUUAGUUCCGUUUGCUGUUGAUGUUUCAAGACACCUUGGUGAAACAUACAUGAGAAUCAUGAGCGAACAACUCAACUUGAGAGAAGCUGGUCCACAAGGUGAGAUCGAUCAAUAUGUUGACGCUGGUGAAGAUAAGGUUAUGGCCGCUAUGGGUGCAAUGAAGACACUUCAACAAUUAGUCAGAUCAUUGGAAAACAGCCAAUCUAUCUUGAGAGAGAUUUCUUCAAUUUCUACUCACUUGGUUGUCUUCACUAUUCAAAAUGAGUUCAUUGAAUUAUACGAUGAAGUAUUUGAACUUGUUGAUUGUUUAACGUUCUUUAUGAGAGCUAUCCCAGAUGAUCUCUGGCCAGUCUUUGAAGCACUUUACCAAUCAUUCAAGGGUUCAGGUGUUGAUUACCUCUCUGAGAUGUUACCAUCCUUGGAUAACUUUAUUAGUUACGGCUCACCUGUUUUCGCACAAAACCCAACUUAUAGACAAAUGGCUAUUGAUAUAUACUUAUCAGCAAUGGAAUCAGAUCAACUCGGCGAAACCGAUAGAGUUGUUGCUUCACAACUUAUUGAAUCUGUUCUUCUUCACUUACCAGGACAAGUUGACGAUGCGUUACCACUCAUUAUUGGCACUGCUAUGAAGAAACUUGAUCCAAAGGAUACUCACACUAAAGCACUUCGCCUUCACCUCCUUGAGACUGUUAUCAACGCACUCAACUACAACCCAGUCAUUUCACUUGGUAUUCUCGAAGAAGCUAACGCUACUACUACAUUCUUUAACACUUGGAUGUCAAACAUUGGUUUAUUCACUAGAGUCCACGAUAAGAAGUUAGUCGUCGUUGGUAUUUGCUCAUUGAUGCAGUUAUCUGUCGAUCAAACACCACCAUCAGUUCAAUCAGGAUGGCCUGCACUCUUUGGUGGAUUGUUAGAUAUUAUUGAACAGCUCCCACAAGCUAUCGCUGAACGUGAUGAAUUGAAGGAGAGAGCAGGUGAAUACCCAGAAGAAGAUGAAGAAGAUUUAGAUUUCGCAACUGAAGAUAUUGAUGGUGCGGAUGAUGAGGGUGAUAUCGUUGAUGAAGAGAAUGAAUAUCUCGAAGUUCUUGCAGCAGAAGCUCAAAGAAUGGCAGCAGAACAACAACAACAAGGUAAAGGCAUGGGUACAGACAUCGACGAUGACUUUGAUGAUGAUGAUGAACUCGAAGAGGAGUUGACAUUUGAGUCACCACUUGAUAACUUUGAUGUCUUUGUUAGAUUCAAGCACAGACUUUCAAUCUUCCAAGCUACAAACCCAGCUGGUGCUACUGCAGCCAAUGGAUCACUCGACCAAGAUCGUCAAAAUAAGUUACAAAACGCGAUCACUUUGGCAACUGAACGUGAAUCACAAGGUUUCGCUGCAUAAAAGAUAACUUAAACGAAAAUAUAUCCCUAAUAUUUUAAUAGAAAGUAACAUUUUAAUGAAUUUUAUUUGAAUCGA